UUUUAUAAUAAGUUAUCGUGACUAAUAGGUUUAAUUGUAUUUUUUCAACCGAGCUUCCUAAAAAAAGGAGAGGCAUGUCAAAAAAUAUUGAGUUGGGAAAGUUGAUAAGGGCAAAUAAGGGAAAGCCCAUAGAUUUGGAUUUCGACAGGGAGAUCACAUAUUCCCCUGUCGGGAAGCGUGGUAAUUGGUUCACCCAUGGAAUUGGGAGGUGUUUGUGGAACAAUGUCCCUUUCAACGUAUCUGGUUGGGACAAUGUUUCCCCCGCUUUAAGGAACGCAACAGUUGUUCAUCUAAAGAAUAAAUUUGAUUUGGAUAAGGUUAACAUGGAUCCGGAGCGUGCUCAAUUGUUGCGGAGCAUUGAUUCAAGUCUUGCAAAAGUUUACAGAGGCCGAAAAAGUAAAGCUCAUGCUUAUUUUAAGGAAAUCGGGGGGCCUGCAGAUAUCCAAGCCGCAUUAAACAACCCCCCUAACGGAAUGUCACAUGAAAAUUGGGCGAAGGCAGUCGAACAUUUUCAAACUCCAUAAUUUUUAAGGCGUUCGGCGUCAAACAAGGAAUGUCGUGCAAAACAAGUAGUUGUAAACAGAGGGGGGUCGAGCUCAUACGCCAGAAUUUUUAAGGCGUUCGCCGCUGUUGCCCAAUCUUCUUGUAGUGAUGGUGGUGGAAUAGAAUAUUACGACGGAAUGAAAAAAUCAUGUUUGUUUGCUACGAAGAAAUGUAAUGGAGAAGUUCUCAUGGAAUGUUAUUCUUCUACUCGUUUUUUAUUCUUUUUUUAGAACAUCAACAAUUAUUGAAUGAA